UACAUACUCAAUAGACUUGUUCUACUAAACGCAGGCACUCGCAUCCUGUACGGAACGCGACAAGCUUGUAAUUAGAGAAAGCAGCUCAACUCAACCUAUACGUCGAAUUCAGCUUACUAAAAAAGAAGCAAAACGCAUACCUUCUACAGAGCACUUGGUCAAAAUCCGUCUUUUGUUGCUUUAAUUUUGUGGCCGAGAUAAUAAACGGUCCAAGCGUAGUGUGAACGUGAGCGCAAAACGGACCGGUCGGACGCAGCGCGCAUGCGAUUCCCCGCUCAAAAAUGACCAUCGCAAAAAUUGCGCGCGAAACAACACGCCUGUUAUUUUUCUUCUUUAUAUUUUUUAAAUCUUAACCAAUAAGUUUUUAAUAGGGCAAUUUUUUUAUUUUAUUUCCUCACCAAAGAGUUUCGCUCAAUUUUAUAAUUAUGAAAUUAAAAUGCGUACAAAAUUGAUGUACAUAAAAUGUGCAGUGUUGAUAGUGAUAUUGUUUUUAGUGAACGGUUGUGAUAAUAAAAAAGUGACGUCUGUUAUAAGGGACAAUGGUGGUUUUAGUGAAGUCCAACAUAAUUACCUGUCACAGGAACGGAUUAGGAACAUUUCGAGCACAUCAGAGGUGGAGCAAAGUAGAGGAUUUUUCGGCCAUGGUGGCAUCUUCUCUCUCGGCAAGGUGCUCAACUUCUUCCCGGUGGGCGGGGAGCGGGAGUGCCAGCCGCAGAAGUAUACAGUCGCACGCGCAGGCAUCUGUCUCAACCCGUACGACUGUAGACAGCGAGACGGCAAGGCGGCUGGGAACUGUGCGCAUGGGCUCGGCGUAUGUUGCGUUUUCGAGGUGACCUGCGGCGGGACCGUGCAGAACAACCUGACCUACUUCAUGUCCCCUGGGUUCCCGGAACUGUGGACCGGGGAGAAGGAAUGUUCCAUCACCGUGGAAAAGGCCUUCGCUGGCAUCAUGCAGCUCCGGAUCGACUUCGUGCAUUUUACUAUCGGCCAACCAAACAGGAUGACGGGAGAGUGUGAUGAAGACGCGAUGAUCAUAGGAGAGGGGAGGAACAACUUCACCGUGUGUGGACAGAACCACGGACAACAUAUAUACUACACGCUACCAACAGCAACCGAGUCCCGGGAGGCUGGUGAGCUACCUGUCAGCAAAAGCACUCGUCUCACCGUGGUCAUGCGAGGCAGCGACAUGCCUCGUCUCUGGCUGCUCAGACUCGCGCAGAUGCCCCUCGCCAACUCUGCGCCGCACAACUGUCUGCAAUACUUUACUGCUAAUAAUGGAACAAUAAAAACCUUCAACUAUGCCAGCAACGGGCGGCACCUGGCGAGCCAGGACUACAGAGCCUGCAUCAGGAAGAACGCCGGCCAUUGCGCCGUCAGGUACACCGCUUGUGACGGCAGAUCCUUCAGGAUUGGCAACGGAGGAUCUUCAUCAGCUGAUCCUUAUUACAGCGUUGGUUCAGGUCCGGGUGCUUUAGGAGGACCAGGCACUGGCUUCUACGGACCUGAAGGGUCAUUCAUACAAGGAUCUCCUGCCAUGCUAUCUUCUACACCACGAGCCACAACAUUGGCCCAAGAGCAGCAGAUCAUCGAAAACGAUCCAGUACAGGAAGAUCAGAUGAUGGAAGCAGAUGGCUCGCAGACGCAGCAGGAUGAGGUGGAAGGCUCCGGAGCGGACCCUCAGAUUGAACCUCAGACACAAUCGACCCGGCCAGCUCGACCACCGCCGUCGAAGAGCAUCAUGCAAGUGAUCUGGAGCUUCAUCUGGCCUUCUUGGCUCUGGGGACAGUCCAGGACAUUCAACACGAGAUGGUCACCCUACGCCCAGCACUACAAGACUGGUCCAGAGAAUGAUGACUUUAGAUACAACGGCUACGGACACUUUGGACUGGGUCUCCACGGGUUUGGCAGACUGAGGUGCCGCGAUAGAAUCACUAUACCCUGUGAGAACGAGUAUUUUUUAUCGAGUGUCCCCUACGGUCCUGGGGUGUGUGACCCUCAUCACUGCGGCGAUUCCUUCUGUCCUGGACAGUCCCAUAAGAACUGCCGUGUGGAGACCUCAAUCACUCCCUUCGCGGUGUCUGUCCACUUCGGACCUCCCAGGAACAAACAGAACCCUGAGGACAACAUUGGAGCUUGCUUGAAAUAUCAGCAGAUACCUUGUGACUCGUGAUCUGGGGGUCUAAAAAGGCAAAGUCGGCAUUGCGCCCUUAUUUUUAAAUGCGCCGAUGUAAAAUGCCAAUGUUUUAGAUCAACUCCUAAAAAGUGGCUUUUUUAGACUUCCAGCGCAGUGUGAUUCUCUAUGUUAGUGACAUCGCUGGGUUAAAAAAGGCCAUAACAUAACAUAAACUGCCUAUAUACGUCCCACUGCUGGGCACAAGCCUCCCCUCAAUCAACCGCCCCCCUCCGGUUGAUGGAGCAUACUCCACCACGCUGCUCCAAUGCGGGUUGGUGGAGGUGUUUUUUUACGGCUAAUAGCCGGGACCAACGGCUUAACGUGCCCUCCGAAGCACGGAAUCAUCUUACUUUUUCGGACAAUCAGGUGAUUCAAGCCUGAAAAGUCCUUACGAAACAAAGGACAGUCUCACAAAGUGAUUUCGACAAUGUCUCCAUCGGGAAUCGAACCCGGACCUCCAGAUCGUGAGCCUAACGCUCUAACCACUAGACCACGGAGGCUGUCAGGGAGGCUGGCUGGGUUAAAAAAGGCCAAAUUGAAGCAAUUAAUCUAAAAAGCAACUCUCCGGUCCCCACCAGCGUCUGUUUACAUCACCUCCCCUCGGACAUAGUUUAGUCUUCAAUCGUAUGGUGUCAGACGUCACACACACAGGUGCGCGUGUACGAUAACGUCAAUGUGUAGUGUCUGUGUAAAGCUGGGUGUGUUAUUAUAUCUCCAUGUUUACACAAUUGAACAUUUAUUUUAUGGUGUAGUCUUAAAUCUAAAAAUACUUAAUUGUGAUUGACGAAGUAUGAAUUAUUUAUGUCAAUAAUAAUUAUAAUAAACUAGAUUUUCUUUGUAAAUAUUAUUCACGUAAUUUAUUUGUAAUGCUUGUAAUAAUAUUCUCAUUAAAGUAGUUCCUAAAAGAGCAUUU